AUGAACUUCGCGUAUUCGCUCGUGACGAGGACGAAGAAGAGCGACAAGGCGUCGCUCCACGAGUUCCGCGACGUGCGCGACGUCGACGGCGAGAGCUUCGAUUUCUCCACCCUACGAGGUCGCGUCGUCCUCGUCGCGAACGUCGCGUCGAAGUGAGGCAAGACGUCGUGCCACUACAGCGGCUUCAACGAGCUCAUGCAGACGCACGGCGCGGACGCGUUCGCGAUCGUCGCGUUCCCGUGCGUCCAGUUCCUGUAUCAGGAGUCGUCGUCCAACGCGAAGGUCAAGGCGUUCGCGGAGCGACGAGGGUUCAAAGGGAAGGGGCGCGUGCUGAUGGACCGAGUGAAAGUCAACGGCUGGGGCACGAGCCCGGUGUGGGACUACCUGAAGACCGGGACGAAGACCGGGACGAUCAUGUGGAACUUCACGAAGUUUCUGUGCGACGUCGACGGCAGAGUCGUCGCGAGGUUCGGCCCGGACGUGCAUCCGACGGCGCUGUCCGCGAGGAUCGGCGCUCUCGUCGCCGCCGCGAAAGCCGCCGAGGUGCGUUCUAUACACUGGUCCCCAUACGACCGCGUCGGCGUGGUGAACGCCGUUCCUUAA